AUGACGACGAAAAGAAGACAUUUUUUUACCAAUACGACGAGAACGAUGAUGAGGAUGAUGACGACGACGACGACGACGACGACGGCGAGACGACAUUUAAGCCGCCGAAACAGUUUUAAGGGGUGGUGGUUUCCUUCUUGCGGGCGUUUUUCUUCGCCCGCGAUUACGUCGUCGUGUACGAAUACGUCGUCGUGUACGACGUCGUCGUCUGCUUUAAAUUCGACGCCCGUCGUCCCGGCGGCGAAACCAAUUCCUUCGGUUUCUUCGUUUUUCAGCGCGUCGUCGACUAUUAGGGAGAAUGAAAACAGGAAAACGGGUGGUGGUUUUUGUGGUGGUGGUGGUAAACGUUUCUUCUUUACCCAAACGUCGUUUACGUCGUUUACGUCGUCGGUCGUUACCCGCAGCAGCAGCAGCAGCAGCGCGGCGACGUCAGGUGAUGUCGCCGACGCGAUUGCAAAACAAGGCGAUUUGAUUAAAGCUUUGAAAGCGUCCGGGAAAACGAACCAGGACGAGGACGUGAAAGCAGCCGUGGCGGUGUUGAAGGAACUGAAAGCGAAAGCGGAUCCGUCGGCCGGAGAAGCGAAAAAAAAUAAAGAAGAGAAUAGCAGCGAUAAAAAGAAGAAGAACGACGGCGGCGGUAAAGGAGGGAAAGAGGCGGAAGCGCAAGUGACGCCGCGCUCGGAAGACUUCUCCAAGUGGUACCUGGACGUCAUUCGAGAGUGCGAACUGGCCGAUUACGGACCGGCGAGAGGGACUAUGGUUAUUCGCCCGUACGGGUUUGCCAUGUGGGAGACGACGCAGACGAUUUUGAACGAACAAUUUGGAAUGCGAGGGGUGGAGAAUUGUUAUUUUCCGCAGUUGAUUCCGUAUUCGUUCAUUACGAAGGAGGCGUCGCACGUGGAAGGAUUCGCUCCAGAAUUGGCCGUAGUCACGCAAGGAGGUGGGAAAACGUUGGAGGAACCGUUAGUGGUGAGACCGACGUCGGAGACUAUCGUGAACCACAUGCUUUCGCAGUGGAUUCAAAGUUAUCGAGAUUUGCCGAUUAAAUUGAACCAGUGGUGUAAUGUGCACCGAUGGGAGAUGCGAACGAGGCCAUUUAUUCGAACGUUAGAGUUUUUGUGGCAAGAAGGACACACGGCGCACGCAACCGCGGAAGAAGCGAACGCGAUGGCCAUGGAAAUGAUUAAAGUGUAUUCAGAAUUCGCGGAGAAGACGCUCGCGAUGCCUGUCAUCGUUGGAAAGAAAUCCAGCAUUGAAAGUUUCGCGGGCGCGAAGGCGACGUUUACCAUGGAGGCGAUGAUGGGUGAUAAGAAAGCGUUACAAGCCGGAACUUCGCAUGAUUUAGGCGAUAACUUUGCAAAAGCUUUCGAGACGACGUUUUUAGAUACCGACGGGAAAGCAAAGAACGUGUAUCAAAGCUCCUGGGGCGUGAGUACGCGAAUGAUGGGUGGCGUGAUUAUGACGCACGGCGACGAUAAGGGAUUGACGUUGCCGCCGAAAUUAGCACCGGUGCAAGUCAUCGUGACGCCGAUUUGGCAAAAGAAUAAAGAUAAGGAAUCGGUGAUGGCGUCGUGCGAUGCGAUUACGAAGAUAUUGAAAGAAGCGGGCAUUCGCGUGAAGAUUGAUGCAGACGAUACGAAAUCGCCCGGAUGGAAGUUCAACUUUUGGGAGAUGAAAGGCGUGCCGAUUCGUAUUGAAAUCGGUCCCAGAGACGUCGAGAAGAACGCGUGCGUUGUGGCCAGAAGAGACGUGCCGGGUAAAGAAGGCAAAGAGUUUGGCGUUUCCGCGGAAAAAGCGUCGUUAGUGGAGAAAAUCCACGUGAUUUUGGAUGAGAUCCAAGACGCGAUGUUGGAAAAAGCGAGAAAGUUUCGAGACGAAAACAUCGUCGAUUGCGCGACGAUGGCGGAUUUAGAAAAAACGAUCGAGGACGGGAAGUGGGCGAGGUGCGCUUGGGAAGGUUCGGACGAGGAAGAGAAGGAGAUCAAGGAGAAAACGGGGGCGACCAUCCGAUGCUUCCCUUUUGAACAACCGAGCUCGGUUGGAAACUGCAUCCAAACUGGAAAGCCAGCGAAAGAGGUAUGCAUAUUCGCCAAGAGUUAUUAA